AUGCAUAAUGGACAGGUCAAUAUAUUUUUAGCAAUACUAUAUGUAACUAUGGUUGUUGGCUAUGUGCCAAAGAGAGCCACUUUGCGCCCACCCAAACCUAAUAGGAAAACCCCAAAGGGACCAAUUCUCCACAGGAGGGAGAAAGCCAAGGAAUCCAACCAAUUGAGGGAUGAAUUGAUAAUGAAAUAUUGGCGUAGGGUGGGGAAAGAGGUAAACGAAGUCCCUUUUACCGAUCAAUCGCAUCAGCAACACAUAGAUACGCGCAGAGCUUUUAUGUCUAUGUAUGUAUUGCCUAAAAUGGCAGAGAUUUCAUAUAAAGAAUGUGACAUUUUAAAAUUGGAUGAAAAAAAGUCAUCCAAUUUCACUAGACACUCCUGUUUACAAUUUUUGUGUGAAAUCAGAAAUUUUUUCAGUGUCUGUGCCCAUGGAUUCAACAAAAACGAGGGGUUGAAAGAACUAGUGGAAAUGGGACCAAUAAACGAAAUACCUUAUCUCUCCAACGAUAUAACUUAUAUUCGCAAAUUAAUCAAUGGCAGUGGCGAAUUCACUACAGAACAUGGGAAAUACAUCGACUUCUUACAGAAAAUCGCUGAAAAUGAUCCAAUUGCACUAGUAUCUCAUGCUUACUACUUCUAUAAGGAAUGGUGCUUGUGCAAAUUUCACGUGUUGAACUCAAUAAAACUACAUUUGCGAAUAACUCGACAUUUUCAAUCCGCUGGUUUCAAUGAAGACGUUCUAAAUUUCGAGUACGUACUGAAUAUGUUGGCUUGUAGUUGGUCUCAAGUUGAGAAGGAUAAUUUUUUGAGAAACCUGUCCAUAGCGUCCGACAUGGCCAAGUGUUAUACCCAAUGCUUCACUUGA